CCAGAUUUAGUGCGCCUUCUUUUUCUUUUGGUUCGCUUUCUUCUUUGCAGCAACUUUUUAUAACUACUUUCUUCCGUCAUGUCUUCUGCUGCAGCCGGUGCUAAUCAAGCCAGACAACGACGCAUUGCCGUUCUUGGCGCAAGAGCUGUUGGCAAAUCGUCACUGGUCAUUCAGUUCUGCGAAAACCACUUUGUGGACAGUUACUACCCUACGAUUGAAAACACAUUUACCAAAACCAUCAAGUAUCGAGGUCAUGAAUAUGUGGUGGAGAUCAUGGAUACUGCGGGUCAGGACGAAUACUCGAUCUUGUCGUCACAUCACGCAUCAAGUGUCCACGGAUACGUGCUGGUCUACUCUAUCGCAUCGCGCUCCAGCUUCGACAUGCUCAAGGUGAUCCGUGACAAGAUUCUGGAUUUCACGGGUCUGGACAAUGUGCCCUGCGUUAUUGUUGGAAAUAAGUGUGAUUUGAAUAUCCAAAGACAAGUGUCGCAACAAGAAGGCAAGGAAAUGGCUGAGCAAUGGAACUCGCCGACCGUGGAAACUUCUGCAAAGCACAAUGAGAAUGUUGCCAAAAUAUUUGACAUGUUAAUCGCUGAGAUCGAGAAGGCCAAUAACCCACCUUCGGAAGAAAAGGGUGGUUGCAUCGUUUCGUAAACUGUUGAAGGAUACCAAAUACUACCUGACCACCUUCCCUCUUUCCCCUUCGCUCUUUCUCUUUUUCUUUUUCUUUCCGUUACAACAAUAACACAAACACAUUCAUACACGCUCACGUUCACACGCUACAAUAACAACAUGACAACCUACUACUACUUCCACAAAUAUGUUAUUGAAAUUACCCUCUGUUGCUUUAUCGCUCUAGACUUUUGGUCUUGUUUUUUCUGUCGCAGUGUAUAUGCUUCAUUGAUGUAUAUAUUUUUUUGGUAUAUGUGGGAGCAUGAAAGAUGAUAUUACAAUUGUUAUGUGCAUUAAUGAGAGAAAUAAUA